ACGCGGUAUAUCCGGAAGCCUUAAACCCUAUAAAUGCGCCUAUAUCAACUCUUUCUCCUCUCAAUCUCUAUAUCUAAACCUUUGCAGACCAAACCCUUAAACCCUAACCCUAACCCUAACCCUAACACUAACCCUAAUCAGUCGAAGCAGCAGCUUGACACAUUGAAGUGGCGUCCUAAUUUCCAGAACAGAAUGCCGAAAGAUGAAAGUGCUCCUCACAGAUUUUUUGAUCGGUCCAGAAGAGCAUCUCCAUAUGCUCGUAGCCCUAUAAACACAGAGCAGUACAGACCCAAAAGUCGUUUGCAAUCAGUUGAGGGAGAUGAGAAGGAAUGGGAACAAGUUCGAUGCCCCAUUUGCAUGGAGCAUCCUCACAAUGCUGUCCUCUUACUCUGUUCUUCCCACGAGAAGGGAUGUCGCCCUUACAUGUGCGACACCAGCCAGCGCCACUCAAACUGUUUCGACCAGUUCUGCAAAUCAUCACCCACUACUCCAUCAUCAACAGAUCUUACUCAACAAGUUCCUCUUUACACUGCAGCCUAUCGCGAAGGAAUUGAGGAACAACGACAAAAUAUCAUCCCCAGAAGGAGGAUUCCUGGGAGACAAUUCCAACCAAAGCUUUCGUGCCCACUCUGUCGGGGCCAAAUUAACGGGAGUAUAGUUAUAAAACCCGCUCGCCAUUUUAUGAAUUCUAAACCCAGGAGUUGUUCUCUUGAGACCUGUGAUUUUAGUGGGACUUAUUCAGAGUUAAGGAAGCAUGCAAGGCUUGAACAUCCUUUUGUGCGGCCAUCAGAGGCUGACCCGAGACGCCAGAGUGAUUGGAUGAGCUUGGAGCAUGAACGGGAUUUGCAGGACAUCAUUGGUGCAUCUGGGUUGGUGUCUGCAGAGGAAUGGAAUCAUUGGAUGUCUUUGGAUGGGGCCAUUGACGAAUUAACCCUUGCUUCAUCUCAGUUGGAGUUUGCAGAGGGAUGGAAUGAUUGGAUGUCUUUGGAUGAGGGCAUUGAUGACUUAUUGAAUACAUUGCAGCAAGAGGUUGAGGAUCAACAGUACAACACUCUGCACAUGGAAAUUGAGAUUCUCUUACGUUAUGCUUUGAAUGAAACAAGUGUUUCCGGUAGUUCUGAAGCCAGUGACCAAUCACUUUACUGGAGAACCACUGGAAUGAUGAGAACUGGUAAUCCUCCAAGUCCAAGUGUUAAUUCUUUGAACGAGACAAGUGUGUCUGGUAGUUCUGAAGCCAGCGACCAAUCACGUAACUGGACAACCGCAGCGAGGCUGAGGGUUGGUAAUCCUCCAAUUCCAAGGGUUGAUUCUCUGAAUGCGACAAGUGUGUCUGGUAGUUCUGAAGCCAGUGCUCAACCACAUAACCAGAGAACCACAGCAAGGAUGAGGGUUGGUGCUCUUCCAAGGGGCCCGCUUGCUAGUAGAACGGGUAGCCGUUUGGCACGGGGGAGCAGGUCAAACCGAGGAAAUUAGUUAUGUAAUCGCACUGUUGUUGGCUGGCUGAGAAUAAUACAGUAAAGUGAGGUGUAUGUUGAAUUUAUUUGGUUUAAAAUGUAUUUGUUAGGUUUUUGAAAUUAUUUUGCAUGGGAAAUAUGAAAAUUGUAGUCAUUAUAUUUGUAGUUAAGAAGCUACAAACAAUUACAUUGAGUACCUAGAGCAAUAAAAAUCCUAGAGCAAGAAUUGACUUGGGAAACUUUUAUGCUAUUUCAAUUUUGGCUAAAUGCGUGAAAUAUUGUAUUGAUUAUGACAUGGCUCAAUCUUAUAGUCCAUUGGCCUCUUUUGAUCUUAAUAAAAAAGCUCCAGCUGCGGUAUUUUCUGUAAUAAAUUUGUUGUAGGUAAUGAAUAGAAAAUUGGUUUGGUGGUUCUAUAGGUUUUUGUUUUUCCUAAUUUACAAUGAUCAUGUUAUAUGCAGAAAUCCUAAUCAUCAGAUAGAUCUGGGUGGAAGGUUUUGCUGUUGGGUUGAAUCAUAAUAUUGCAUUAUUAUGUAAAAAUCUGUAUAUAUUUGUUGGUCUUUUUUGUGUUUCUGAAUAGAUUGUAUAGAGAAAUUGAAUGCAAUUAUUAAAUUGCCGUGUAACUUUGCUCCCUGUUAAUGAAAUGCUAUUUAUCCCUUAAAAAAAUUUAUAGCCUAAACAGAGCAAUUUUGCCUCAAAAUUGCAUGAUUAGGCAAGUAUAUUGAACACAAAAGCAGCUGCAAAAAUUGACGUUGAUGUACACAGACAGACACAAGCAUGUUAUAUGUAAAUGUUUUCUUUGAGUGCAGUCCGCUUCAAAUUCUCCAAGUGCUCAUGCUUGUGGAUGACAUUUUCACACCAACCAUAGUCUACUGUACUAAUCUUCAUCACCAUUAAGUCUA